ACAUCUCAUAGUAAUUUAAACGUAAGUCGUUUUAUGGCAAUUCUGACCAUGGAAUCAUUAGGCAUACCACCAUCCAAUGUUUUAUCUGCAUUUAUCUUUGGGAUUAUCACAUACUGUUUAAUUUUAUGCUUCCACUCCGUACUACUUGUGACUAUUGUUUUAAAAAGGAAUCUGCAUGAACCUAUGUACAUACUGCUGUUUAAUUUGUCCUUAUGUGACCUUAUGGGAGUUACAGGUUUUUACCCUCAGCUGGUUGGAAGUAUACUGUCUCAAAGUAGAGAAAUCUCUUACCCUGCUUGUGUCUUACAAGGCCUUCUUCUUCACCUCUAUGGGACUGGAUCUCUUUUAUUUCUUACCGUUAUGGCUUAUGACAGAUACAUUGCUAUUUGUAAACCAUUGAGAUACCACAGUCUGAUGACACAAGGUACCUUGGUGAAAAUGAUUUGCAUGGCCUGGUCCAUAGAUUUUGCUAUGAUUGGGGCUUUAUUUGUGCUCACAAUAAGGCAUGGAAUCUGCAGGACUCACAUAGUGGACACAUACUGUGAUAAUCCCUCUUUAAUGAAGCUAACUUGUGAGGACACAAGAGUGGUUAACUACUAUGGCCUGCUUAUAAUAACUCUUGUACAAGGCUUUUCUAUACUGAUGGUAUCAUUUACAUAUUUCAAAAUUCUAAUUAGCUGUCUUACUACCAAACAGGCAAAAUCUAUUAGUAAGGCAAUACAAACCUGUGCAACUCAUUUAGUUGUUUUCCUGAGUUUUGAAGUCAAUAUAUUCUUACUAUUGGUUUCUCAUAGGUUAGAAGAAGUAUCUCCACAUUUACGAAGGGCUUUUGGUGUUGCAAUUAUUAUUAUUCCUCCAAUUCUUAACCCCCUUAUUUAUGGGUUGAAAACAAAAGAAAUACGACAAACAGUAUUUACAUUUUUCCAAAAAAAGGUUUCUGCUAUCUAA